AUGGCUUCCAGCAAACCCUGGUCUUCCAACAAAGCUGCAUCUUCCAUCAAAUUUAUAGCUUCCAGCAUACCCACGUCUUCCAACAGUGACGUCUUCCAACAAAGUGACGUCUUCCAGAAAAUUCAUGUCUUCCGGAAUUUCAUGUCUUCCUACACCUCCAGGUCUUCCGGCAUCUCCAGGGCUUCCAGCAUCUCUACGUCUGCCAGCAUCACCACGUCUGCCAGCAUCUCCACGUCUGCCAGCAUCUCCACGUCUGCCAGCAACUCCAUGUCUUCCAGCAUUACCAUGUCUUCCGAAAACUACCCAGUUUUCCAACAAUGGGCUCAAAAUCCACGUCUUCUGUCUCCAGUGUACCGGUCUGCUAACAUUCAGGUCUUCCGGUGUCUCCGAUAUCCAGGAUCCACCAGCUUCAAAUAUCACUGA